GCUUCGGGACAUUUAGCUCUUCCCCUGAGCGAGCUGACAUUCCUGCUGAAGCCAAACUUUAUUUCUGACAGAUUCCUGUUUAUUGACACCAUCAUGGCUGCUGCUUUGUUCAGAGGACGAUUAUGUUUAAGAUGUAUUCACAGUGAGUUGUGCCGAGUGGUUUGGAGACCACAGGCGGCUCAGUUCAGCUCCAAACCUUCAGACAGAAAACAACCUCGCCGAACACACAUCAAGAAAGCCAAGCCUCAGCCAGCGGUGGAUAUUGCGACACUCCUGGAGCAUCUCUUCUCCCAGCGCAGGCCGGGCACAGCGCCCCCUCCUGGCAAAGUUCGACCUACCAAAGUUUCUUCCGUGUCUACCAAGCCUCCCACCACCUCCUCAGUGGGGGUCCCCACCUCAAAUGUUCCUCCUUUGUUAAAGACAGAACCAGCUGCUUCUAAUCUUAAACAAGUGCAUAGUGUUCACAAGAAAAAAACACCUACUUUUAACACCAAUAUAGAAACUGCCACAGAACCAGUGGAACUCAAAACUGCCUCAGUGCUGCCCUUAUCAGAGAAGAACAUAGAGACCUCAUCUUUUUCAGCUGCCUCAGCAGCAGAGCCCUUAAUAGAAACUACAACAGAAUCACCAGUAGAGCCUAGUCUGUUCCCUGUGGAAGCACUAAAAGCUAGUGCUGCUGUUGCUGAAGGUCCAGCAGGUCCAGUUUGUCAGGAGGCGGCAAGAGCAAACACUUUGGAAGAUUUAGAUCCAGUGCAAAGACUCUUCCUGGAGAAGAUCAGAGAAUACAACAACCUUCGCAGGUUGAAUCAAGGACUGAUGGAGGCGGAGCCAGAUUAUGUCAAAACCAUGUCAGAGGAGACCACUAAGCUCCAGAGAUUGUAUGGAGGAGGAGACCUGAGCAGCUUCCCUGAGUUCACCUUCACUGAGCCUGAAAUGGACCAGGACUCCUAAUGAUCCGUGACGCCUACCUCCCACUCUCCAUGUCCUUCCUUAACCUCCUCGGACCGGUCCUCUUUCACGUCCUUCUCCCGCUCAGAGAGGAAGCAGCAUAGACAGUUUGGAAGUUUGUCUGGGUGAUCUGCCAUAGAAAUAAGAGAAAAUGUCUUCCUGGCUGUUUGUACUAUGCAAUAAUGAUAGGAACAAAUUUAUUUAUUAAAGCAGCACUUUCAAGUCUUGUGUUUGAUGU